CUGUUCACUCCAGUUGUUACAAAACUGUUCGAUAGUGGGACAGUGUGGAUUAAAGAGGCAAAGACGGGUUGUUAGAGAGAACGCUCCGUACUCGCCAGAAAAUGGUCAACGACGCCUGAUUUACUUGAUAAGUUAGUCGGGUGUUUAAACUUAAUAUGACCGUCGCUUCAGUGAUUUCUGGGCGGUAUCUUUUAUUGCUCGCAAACAAAUUAAUGGACACUUGAAAAUUUUGUUGAGUGGUAAAGCUUUAAAAAAUACUAAUGAACUAGUUAUUUGCGAAGAUAUAAAUCCGCUUUCACGCUUUUAAAAAAAUUUAAGAGGAUAUUUUAAGUGUUCAAAUUAGUGUAUAAUAAACACUCAAACAUUUCGGAUGGACUGCGAAUACAAAACCUGCCGCAUAUGUAUAAAGGUUUAAAUUUUUGAAAUGUGAAAAAAUAGGAAUAAGGAAUAUCAAAAUGGACCCAGUGAAAAUACUGUGUUUCAUAUUUUCUGUUUGGCUGGGGGAGUUGUGUGUUUCGGCAAAAUGGUUGCCGGACGACGAUAUUUCCUGGUUAAAAAUUAGAACCCGGAUCCUGUAUCCAAAGAAUUUCGCGAGUGUUCGGAUUAAUUCGCAUAAUGAAAGGGAGUUACGAGUGUCUUUUGGAAAAGUGUUAGCUUUGGAAACCUUUAUGUCAAGUGGUUAUUCGCCGGACUAUGAUAUGAUUUUACGGCAAAUUACCGACGGCCGUCGGAUAUUACAGGCCGUAUAUCAGGGUGGUGUCAUGAAAGAAUGCGACUACUCAAAAGAUUCUACUCAAAUGUUGGAUUUUGUGUCAAAUUUCAUGUCUUCGGAUUAUCAUGGGGAAGAAUUCGGGGAUAUUGUAGUCGCAAAUAUGUAUUCAAACUAUACUCGUAAAAAUAUUAUGCUCGCAUAUCGGAGUUUCAAAAGCUUGGAUUAUUUAAAAGAUUUAUCCGAGGUGGUCGAUAUGCGCCUGCUAAGAAAAGAGUGCCGGAAUUUUCUGGCGGUUGCAACUUCCGUCGCGGAGGAAGAAGCAAAGUCCGGCAAUUUUACAGACAUUUAUGCUGAAAUCCUUGAUAAUACAGACCCGGAGAAAUUCAGUGAAUUCAAUAAAGAACUUUCAGCUCAAAAUUCUAACAGUGAGACUCAAACCGCAUCAACCUCAGAACAUAACAUUAGCAAGCGUUCAACUGCACCGCUGAAACGCAAACGCGCAAAACGUGCUGCGUUUGAUUUUAGCAGCGUUCUAAUUUUCCCGGGAACUAAAUGGUGUGGGAAAGGGGAUUUAGCUCAGUGUUAUGAUGAUUUAGGGGAUGACCACGAGCUGGAUGCAUGCUGUAGGGAUCAUGAUUGCUGCCCGUUCAUGAUCCCGCCAUUCUCUAACAAAUAUGGGAUAUUCAACUACAGAUUUCAUUCCCUGAUCCAUUGCGACUGUGACCAAAGAUUUCGUGGAUGUUUGCGGCAGUCUGUGUCAUCAAUGGCAAAUAUGAUUGGAAAAAUCUAUUUCAACAUCCUGGGCAGCAAGUGCUUCGAUUUUCAGGAAACGGAAGUAUGUGCGGAACGCUCUUGGUGGGGUCGCUGUCAGAGAUAUGAAAACCAGACGAUAGCUGCCGUAAAAAGCCAAGUGUCGUUCAUCGACAAAGAUGGAAACGAAGAUUAUGCUGUAGUUGAAAACCAAAAUGAAAGUAGAAAAUAAUGUAAUUUUUGACGGAAGAAAUAGAAUAAAUCUUCGGAAAAAAAACUAGUGCAUGACUUUACAUUUCAAAUAAAUUACACACAGCUUGACAGGUAUAAUAACAGUUAAGAUUAUUCGUGAGUGACUACUUCAUAUGAGCCGCGCCAUGAGAAAACCAACAUAGUGGUUUUGCGACCGGCAUGGAUCCAGACCAGCCUGCGCAUCCGCGCAGUCUGGUCAGGGUCCAUGCUGUUCGCUUUCAAAGCCUAUUGCAAUUAGAGAAACCGUUAGCAAACAGCAUGGAUCCUGACCAGACUGCGCGGAUGCGCAGGCUGGUCUGGAUCCAUGCUAGUCGCAAAGCCACUCUGAUGGUUUUCUCAUGGCGCGGCUUGUUAUAAUGUUUCUAUUCUAACGUAGAUAAUUGUACAGUGAUAUUUAUUUCCACAAAUCAAUUAAGAGGAAACAGAUGCAGACCUAGGAGUCUCUUGUUUAUUUUUUGUGGAGGUUUACGAACGUAAUUUGUAAAAUUAUUUCUCAAUCAGACCACCUAUAUCAAAUAACCCGCAAGUUUAUUAUUUUCAAAGUCAACAUUUUGAUGGAAAAAAAACACACCUCGGUGUAAUUCUUGUAAGUCACGCAUAAUAAGAUUAUAUUUGUCUUGUUAACUCCGAUGUUGAUUAUUAUUUAUUUGUCUUCGUGAGUCAUGAUAUAUAUUAAUACUUUAAUAGGCGACACAUAUAUAUUGCAUACUUUAAAUGUUUAUAUGCAAAAAUAUGUUGAAGGUGAAAACACCCUUCAAGAAUGUUUGAAUAAAUGAAAACCAGCCGUUUCUUGGUCUGAACAAACAGAGGCUUACAGUGUCCUUACACGGUACAAUGUCUCUUGUCAAAUUGCAAUUUUUGUCUUAAAUAAUAAUAAAGGUUAGUCGAGCGAAAAACUCUUAGAUGCGUGUUUGCUUGUUUAAUUCAUACUAAUUUGAUGAGCGGUCAGCAAUCGCAAGUACUGUCAACAUCACCGAGUUUUCCGUCGCUCGAUUUGUUGAAAUCAUACAUCGUUUUUAAUCAUUUUAUGUUCAAAUUGAAGUUCAUAACUGCAGUUUCCUAUAGAUAAAUAACGUGCUUUUAUUCUAACAUGUUGAAUCAGUCAAGUAUAUUGCAAAAUAACGGCUCGCUUAGUUUUCUUUUAGCAAUUUACGUUUUUUGUGUCAUACAACAUAAUAAUACAGGCGUUCACUAAAUUGUAAGAUUGAUAAUUUCAUUUUCUUUAAUGAAGUUUCUUUCAACAACCUUGCAUAAAUCAUUAGACAUUUGCAAUUCAUCAAGGGAUACUAUUAAAUACCUUUCCUACGUAUUUGAAAUUACACUCGAAUUGCAUGAUUUAAAGGUUAAAGCAGUUAGUCUCUAAAUAUAACAAGUAAAACAAUACCAGUACCCUUCAAUUUAAAGGCACAUCCGAUAGUUUCCAUUGCGCAUGUAUUAGCGUCUUCCCCGUCAAUUCCAUUCUCUGGUAUAUACAUGUAAUUCACGUAGAAACAUGCAUAUUAUUUAUCAUUAUUUCUGUCGAUUCCAUAAAGCUAUUCGUUUUUUUUUAUUUUCAUAAAGAGGACAAACAUGUAUAUGCAAAUAAAUGGGCAGUUUUUUUAAUCGGGAGGAGACACACAUUUACAGUGCACACUAGCUGGAACAGGGUUCAAUUGUUUAAGAAGAAUACUAGUUUUUAUGUAUGGAUUUUUAAAGAUGUGUAUUUCUUCUUUCAUUGGUAAGACUUUUUAAAAUCUUUUUAUAUCUCGUUUGUCAUAUUUUGUAUUUGUUAAGUUGUUUUAACAGAAAUACUCGCCUAAGUGAUAUUUAUUACUGUCAUACUUUUGAAGUCUUCAUUAAUGUUCUUUAUAAUAUUCAUGUUUAAGUUGAUAUAAUAGUUUUAAAAUCAGAUUCAAAGACACGGGUUUAAUUGGAUUUUGACUUCAAAGACAGAAUGAAGCUUUAAGAGUUAAAACUAAAAGUUUUAUACCAUUAGAUUAAAAUGUUGCGAUUAAAACACUUUUUUGUAGAUUGUCCAUUAAUUUUCUUUGCAGUGGAAUCCUGUCUCAAUCUUAAACGUUUGAAAGCAUUUUCAAUAUCUGAAUUCUAAGUUCGCGAAAUGUUGUCUUUUACAAUUUUGAAUGUAAGGCUUGUUCAGUUUUUAUAAAAUGCACCAGUAAUUUCGGAAUAACCUAACAAGAGUAUAGGAUGUUAAUUUUUAAAAGGCUCUUCCAACUGUGUCUAUUUAUAUCGUUUUGAGUAGAUCCACUUGUGUUAACAAGGGGGCGUAACAGUUUCAGUUGUUAUUUUCAAGUUAUUCUGCAUAAUACUUUCAAUGUAGAAGUGCUCCAUGUAGUUUCUCAUGUGACUGUUAUGCUUGAUUAAAGCAUCUACAAUUUUAUAGAACUAGAUAGACUCCAUUGCAUUGAUGACGUCAAGGGUAAAAGCACGCCAGUACAAUUUUAGUUUAAGAGCGUGUGUGUGUCCAGGAUGAGGUAACAUGUUUAUCCAAAAUGUUACAUUUACCCGUAUAAAGUAAAUACUUUGACUACAUUGUACAACCAUUUGUGUAUAUAGCAAUAUCAACGGGUAAUAAAAUAUGUAGAUAUGUAUGUUUUAUUUUAAUAAAUGUUACAAAAACCGAA